CUCCUCAUCCCGCUGACCCAGGCCAUCAGCAAAAUAAUCUACACCCUCUGCAAGAUUCGCGGUGAAAAGGUCGUGGUACGGUUCCUCGGGAACGAAGUCUCCUGGCUGGAACCCCUGCUGUCAUUUACAGAACAAUGCCAAAAAACCAAAACAUGGGAAGAGAGGUAUGUCGGGCUGCUGUGGUUGAGCCAUUUGCUGUUUGCGCCUUUUGACCUGGCCACCAUUUCAUCAAACAACUACGAGGAUGCGGAUGAUGAAGACGAAGACGAAGAGAAGAAGACGGUGGUGGAGGGGCUGGACCUGCAGUGGGAGAAACUACCGGGAAUCACGGUUCGGGUCUUGCCUCUGGCGAUUCGGUAUCUGGCUAGCCCGGGGAAGGAAAGAGACGCGGCCAAGGCUCUGCUGGUCAGGUUGGCGCUGAGGAGGGACAUGCAAGAACUGGGAGUGUUGGAUGCUAUGGUCAGGUGGGCGCUCAAAGCGCUGAGGCCAAAGCAGGAGAAGACGCCGUAUCAUUACAUUGGUGUGUUGAGCUUUCUGGCGGGGGUGUUGACUUCUUCGGCGGAUACGUCGGAUAUGGAUCCGUACUUGGUGAUGGUUUUUCAUGCUGUUCAUGGGGCUGCUGAGAACAGUCAGGAGAGCGUCAUGGCGUCUGCGUUGGCAAGGAAGGCGGUUAUCAAGGUUAUAAGGGCCGUGGCGGUGUUGUUUUUGAGGGAAAACAAGGAUUUGUAUGAGGAUAUUGUCGGGUUGGGGCUGGUGGAAACAACGAUUGGGUUUUUGUUGGAUUGUCUUGGGGACAAUGACACCCCCGUGAGGUUUGCGGCCAGCAAGGCGCUGAGCAUCAUUGCGUUGAGGUUGGAUCAGUACAUGGCCAGCCAGGUCGUGGAGGCCGUGCUGGAGGGACUGAACAAGAAUGUGUUGAAGGGUAGAGAGACGCCUGGAAAGAAGGACUUGAGUGCGGUCAACCCGUUGGAGUGGCAUGGGUUGAUGCUCACCCUCUCACACCUGUUGUAUCGGAGGUCACCACCGGCCGAUCAGCUGGCCGAGAUCGUCCAGGCACUUAUUACAGGACUGUCAUUUGAACGCAGAGCUCUCUCGGGAAGCUCGUCGGGGACAAACGUCAGGGAUGCAGCAUGCUUUGGAAUAUGGGCCAUGGCCAGGAGAUACACCACGAAAGAACUGCUUGCGGUCCCGACAGAGUCCAUGAUCAUAGGGGCGCAUGCUCCGGGUAGCUCUGUCUUGCAAAUCACAGCUACGGGGCUAGUUGCGGCUGCUUGCCUGGAUCCUGCGGGCAAUAUCAGACGUGGCUCCUCAGCUGCGCUCCAAGAGCUGAUCGGGCGACAUCCCGACACAGUCACAGAAGGCAUCUGGGUUGUGCAAACGGUGGACUAUCACGCUGUUGCCUUGAGAGCCAGAGCGCUCCAGGAGGUUGCUCUGGGUGUCACCAAGCUUUCGCCACGAUAUGGCGAGGCUAUACUGGAGGCGUUGCUCGGAUGGCGAGGUGUCGGUGAUGUUGAUGCUGCUUCCAGACGGGCGGUCGGGGCUUCUUUCGGGGCGUUGACUGCAGAGUUGGCCUUGACAACCCCGGAUCCCCUCAAGAGGCUUCGACAAUCAGUCAGCUUAGCCAAAGGCGUCUUAACAUCUCUCCAAGCGCGUCAGGUGGAGGAAAGACAUGGCUUGUUGAUGAGUAUAGCUGGUGUGUUCGAUGGAUUUCCCAAAGUUGUCGGCGGGCAGGCGGAUUACAAAAGCGAAAGUCUCAUCAGCUUUGUCAACUCUUCCGCAGACGGGGUGCUCGAAAUUCUCGAAGACUGCAACGCAAAGACUUAUCGGCGUCCAGAACUUGUCGCGGAAGGAGCCAGCAGGCUGAUAAUUUCUGCGGCCCCUAUCCUCCAAGCUGUUAUGUCCACUUCCGGUGUUCAAAAUUCGCCCACAGCAAUAGUAUCUGGGCCAGAACUGAUAGAAGAAAACGCAGGCGAGAUCACCCAGCUGGUGAGGGCCCUAGGAGAAAGAGAAGGCCCAGUCAAGGGAUUUGUCAAGCUCACGAGAACAUACCUGGCAAAGUGGCUUCUCACGCAAGAGCCGGACCUGAUCACACCUGCCGCAGACGCAGCUCUCACUAUGCUCAUAUUUAGCGACGAUGGUGAGCGCGAAGAAAUUGUCAGGGAGUGGGCAGGAAUUGUUCGGCACCGCCCGACAUCAUCCAGAGUUGCCACAUGGGGCGGGCAUUUCUCUGCACUUGCCAUGUCCUACUCGAUAGCCUCCACCCUCCAAACGGUUCAAAUCAAGAACUUGAUCUGUGAUUCAUUUGUGGAGAGGUGGAACACGGAUCCAUAUACCGAUGUUCAUGUUGCUGUCCUUCAGAGUCUUACGAGGAGCAACAGCAAGAGCGGUUUGCUGAGGGACAAUACGGAUAUUUUCCUACCUCUGAUAGCAGAGGGCCUGGAUGACUACACCACCACGGCACAAGGCGAUGUUGGUUCUAUGGUGAGGUUCCAAGCCAUCCGGGCGACAAAAGCCUUGUGGACAGAGCCACCUUCUGGGCCUUUGGUCGAAGGUUUAAUCCUGAGGAUCCUGCGCCUGGCAGCAGAGAAACUGGACAGAGUGCGCGCAGAGGCCCAGGUUGCCCUCUCUCUAGUCUUGAAACCAGAGCAUGUUUUCCGGCGUCCCCCCUUGUCACAUCACGCUAACCUUUCUUCUAUCAGAUUCAGAGCCCCGUUCCUCCAAACAACCUUCUCCUCGACCGCGUACUUCACCUCACUCCUCUCCCUCCCCUCCAAGCUCCUCGAUUCUGUCUCUUCGUCAACUUUGUUCUCCAACCCCCAAGAAUGGCUCUGCCCCCUGUUGUCAGGCUACGUCUCCUCGGCAGACACGGGCAACGAAGAGCUUGUCAUCGCCACCAGAUCCGCUCUCUUGUCGCACUGUCUCGCCUCCCCUGACAUUACCCUGGACAUCGUCACCGCUCUGAUAUCGAACCUGAGGACUCAUCAGAAAAACGACAGGGUGCUGGUCCCGACACUGGAAGUGUUGAGAUUCUUGCUUGACAUGUCUGUUGUCUCUCCUGAGGGGAUAAACUGGAAGACGCUGUGUCUGCUUGUGCAAAAGGCGGCGUAUAAAACGGGGAAUGUGAGGAAACUGGAGGCCUGUAUUGGGCUGUAUGGCGGAGUUGUUCUACAGGGGGAAGGGGAGGGGAGAGAGGAAGCCAAGAAAAGACUGGGAGCGUUGAUGGUACAUCCUUGGCCUAGGGUGAGGAGUGCGGUUGUUGAUCAGCUUUGGAGGGUGUACAGCAGCGGCAGUAACGGUGAGGAGGAAAAAGGGGGGAAGUUGCUUGGUACUGAUUGGGGAGCUACCAAUAAGGGGUCGAUCCAGCAGCUGGUCAACGAGCUGGGGUUAACAGGUGCCUGA